GUUCGUUUUCAUUCAUUCCUUCAUUAUUUAAGGUGGUUAUUUCCAUCUCACGAGUAAUUUGAAUAUAAGUGGAGAUAAAUCAAACGCUCCUAAUGCGUGCGUCUCUAUGUCCCUGCCGACGACCCUCCGCCAGCUUCUCUCCUACCUCCUCCCUAUCUCGAUAACAUCGAUAGUCUACCUCUACUCGUACCCCAUAUUCCAUGGCUGUAAUUUUCCCCCUACAGCCCCGAGUGCUUCGAGCAACCUUUCUUCUCCUCUUCCAAUCCUAAAUACCCUCCGCCAACAUGUCGAUAUCCCCCACCUUGACAUGUCCAAGUACACCCGGGCGGCGCCUUUCCGCCUCCUUGUCCUCGCCGACCCCCAGCUAGAAGGUGACUCGUCCCUCCCAAAUCCAAAAGACAGUUUCCUAAAGCGCCUGGCCGGUUACCGAGAAGCAAUUACAUCUGCAGAUACUUGGGAGGAUAUCCUGCUUGCGAUCCUGGGCAGUCUCCGGGACAUGCUGCUAGUCGAUCUCCCCCGUUCGCUCAGAGCGACACGCAAACGGAUAGAUCUCUUCGGAAAUGAUUUCUACCUAGCUCAUAUCUACCGGUCGUUGCAUUGGUGGUCGAAACCGACGCAUGUUACUGUGUUGGGUGAUCUGAUCGGGAGCCAAUGGGUGACCGAUGGGGAAUUCAAACGGCGCGCGUGGAGGUAUUGGAACCGCGUUUUUCGUGGUGGGGUUAGGGUCGAUGACGAUAUUACCAUCACGGGUAGUGAGGAUGUACAUGGGAGGGAUGUGAAGGUGGUUGAGGACUUACCAUUAGAUAUGCAGGGUGGCGACGGUACUACUGGCUCCACUGGGCCAUGGGAACGUCGCAUUAUCAAUGUUGCUGGGAACCAUGAUGUUGGAUACGCGGGCGAUAUCAGCGACGUUCGCAUGGAGCGGUUCGAUAAGGCAUUUGGACGGGCUAAUUGGGAUAUUCGAUUCGAAUACCGCGCUAGUACCCGGGAUAAUCCAGCGACUACACGAGAAGGUAUACAUUCUGCUUCUGCUGACACGCCUAUAUCUACUCCCGCGGAUCCUGUGCGUGUGCCAUUAUCCAGUACUACUACCCCCUCAAUACACGUUAUUGUACUCAACAGCCUCUUAUUGGAUACUCCGGCCCUUCACCCAUCCAUUCAGCAACACACGUACAAGUUCAUCAAUGACGUGAUCCAGCGACGAUCCAAGCCAGUCGAAGACCGGAGCAGCUUCACACUCCUACUAACCCAUCUUCCACUCCACAAAAGCGAAGGGAUCUGUAUCGAUGCUCCCUAUUUCCGCUUCUACGACCAGGACGAUCCAAAGCCGCCACAGGAACAUGAACCAAGGUAUAAAGCUGGGGGCUUGCGGGAGCAGAACCAUCUGAGCCAACAUGCCAGCCAUUCAGGAAUACUUCAGGGGUUGUUCGGUAUGAGCGGGAGCCCAAAUGUCCCCGCUGGGGGGAUGGGCCGGAAUGGGCUUGUGUUAACCGGCCACGAUCAUGUUGGGUGUGACGUUCUGCACUUUGUCAAUCGAUCUGUGACACCAGCAGAUGAUCCGGAGGGGGCCAUGUCACCGGGCUGGUCGUGGGAUGCGACAAGAUAUGCUAGAAGCCGCUCCUCUCCCUCUUCGCUGUCAUCACCGUUGCCAGCUGAUACGCCUAACAUUAGAGAGGUUACCCUUCGCUCGAUGAUGGGUGCAUAUGGCGGCAAUGCGGGCUUCCUUUCCCUGUGGUUCGACUCUGAUCCUUCCGUGCAGGAAUGGAGAUAUGAGAUUUCCACUUGCCGGUUUGGCGUGCAGCAUAUGUGGUGGGCCACCCAUAUUAUUGCGAUUGUGACGGCCGUUCUCUCUGUAGUCUCUGCGACGUUGGGUGUCUGGGGUUGGAUGUUUGGUGAAGUGGCUGCGGGAUCGAAUGCAAAGGGGGUCAAGGGUGAGGCUCUGGGUCAUAAAAGCGCUGACUUAGCGAAGAGGACGCAGGAUGCGAAAACACGAACUACUAACCAGGGGAGACGCGAUGGUCCCAGAGAGGAUUUGAAGCGGAAUGCAAACGAUAAAUGAAAAUUCCGAGCUACCAUCUUUAUGAAAGUAUUGUACUCAUGCAUUUAUUUCUUGGGAUAAACACUUACUUCCUUACUUGACUUUAAUUUCAGCGCAAGAGCCAUAUAUAAU